AUGAAUUUAUAUAAAUCAUUCAAAAACACAUCCAAACUAGUAGGUACAAACCAAUUUUUAAUGAUAUGUAACCAAAAAUUUGGUACAAAAUCAAUUGAACACAGUAAUAAAGCUGUUAACGAGGCUGAAAAAAUUGUGGGCUAUCCUACAUCUUUCUUAAGUUUGAGAUGGCUGUUAAAUGACGAAGUAGCCAAUGUAGCUCUACAUCUCAAAAAGUUGAUUGGUACUAAACAUCCACUACUCAACACUGCAAGAGAGUUAAUUCUGAACAAAGAAUCUCCAUCUUGGGGCCUUAUAGUGCUAUUAACAUCUAAAGCUGGUGGAUUAAGUAGUAAAUUUUCACAAGUUGACUGUGAUAUAAAUGCAGGUAUAUUACAUAGUCAAAGGGUAUUAGCUGAAAUAACAGAAAUGGUACGCACAAGUAAUAUCAUUCAUAAAAGUAUUUUGAACAUCAAUAAAAAUGAUGAGUUUUCUGAAGAUCUCCAUUUUGGAAACAAAUUAACUUUACUCACUGGAGACUAUCUUUUGAGUAACAGUUUUAGGGAGUUGGCAGGUCUAAAAAGCCAUAGGGUCAAUGAACUAGUAUCUACUUCUCUUAGAGAUUUAUCUGAAGCAGAUUUUAUCGAACCAAGAGACAGCCAAAAUAAACCUUUACCUGCCCCACCAUUGUCACAGAAACAUGAAAUUUCAGUUCCAAAUCAUUUUGAAAAAGAUGUUUUAACUAUUUCUGAAGUAUUAGGAAAUGCUAAAGCAGAGUGGACACUACGGCAUUUACUAGGUGGUGCCAGUUUGUUAGGAAAAUGUUGUCAGGCAGCUCUGAUGCUGGCAGACCAUUCAAAAGAUCUCGAAGAAUCUGGAUACAUUUUUGGCAGAAAUUUGGCACUAGCUUUACAAAUAAGAAAAGACAUUUCCUCUUUUAAACCUGGAGAAUCUGGACCAUUCAGCCUAAUUAGUGCCCCAUUGAUGUUUCACAUUCAAGAUAAUCUUGAGUUUUAUGAUACUCUUAUGGAACAUGUGAAACAAGACAAUAUAAAGUAUGGUCAAAUUAGAAGUUUGAUUUUAAGUGGAAAUGGAAUAGAGAAAUCAUUGGAAUUGAAACAGGAAUUUGUGAUAUGUGGUUUGGAAGCUUUGAACAAAUUCCAAGAAAGCAAAGCAAAAAAUGCUUUAAUUAAUAUCUUAGAAACGGUUUAA